AAACACAAGUUUAAUUUUUGUUCCUAACUUUUGUUUCGUUUGUUUAAUAUAUUGAUUGAUCACAUUCAUUACUUUUCCUGUUUAUACUUCAUCAAAAUUUAAUCUAAAUUUAUAUGGAAUAAUCAAUGCGCCGAAUGAUUUCAAUUCUUGGACGACGAUUACCAAUUAUUUCAUCAUAUUCAUUACCAUAUAUAUCUAUUCUAACUGCACAACCCGCCAAACCAAUGGAUUCAGUAGCCAACUCCUUCGGAGGUUCUCAGAGCCUCGUGGCCUUGGCCCAACAGCUCCGUCACUACAAGCCACCGCGGAUGCCCUUUGAUGACGAUGCAGAGGAGGCCACCGUCGAAGAAAGUGCCGGAAAGGUCGUAUCCCAAGUGGGUGUCGUGGAAUCGGCGACCCCAAUUAGCCGAGACCCAGAAAGAUUCAGACCCAAGAGAGCUGCCGUCUUAAUCUGUCUCUUUGAAGGAGAAGCUGGCGAUCUGCGAGUGAUUCUCACCAAGCGGUCCUCCACUCUGUCUACUCACUCGGGUGAAAUUGCUUUGCCAGGGGGAAAAGCAGAGGAGGGUGACAUGGAUGAUGGUGAAACAGCUACGAGGGAGGCACAUGAGGAGAUUGGUUUGGAUCCUUCUCUAGUCAAUGUUGUGACUGUUCUUGAACCAUUCCUUUCCAAGCAUCUUUUUAGAGUUGUUCCAGUCAUUGGCAUACUUACAGAGAAGGAAUCAUUCAAGCCAGCUCCUAAUCCUGGUGAAGUAGAAACUGUAUUUGAUGCCCCAUUGGAAAUGUUUAUCAAGGAUGAGAACAGAAGAGUAGAAGAAAGAGAGUGGAUGGGAAACAAGUACCUUAUUCAUUUCUUUGAUUAUGAAACUGAGAAUAAUAAGAAGUUCAUGAUCUGGGGUUUGACUGCUGGGAUCUUGAUUAGGGCAGCAUCAGUUGUAUACCAAAGGCCACCACCUUUUCCAGAGCAAAAUCCAGUUUUCAAAGUUCCUAAAGCUGCAGAAAAAGAUACCAUAUUGCCCUAAUUUUAAAAAGAAAAACAAUUCAUUUGGAUUGUAAUAAUGUGACAAUGUGUUACUUAACCUGCUUAGAUCUGCAGUUUAUAUAAAUGUUUUCAAUUUUCAA